AAGAUUCUCCGAGUCAAACUUCUGACCUAGCAGUGGCAGAGGCAGACCCCGUAUUUCCCCUAGCAGGGCCGGAGAAAGUAGGAGGAAGAAUGGCGGCAGCGGAAAGAGCGUCGAGGGCGGAAGAAACGAGAGCUUCAUUUAGUCUUCUUCUUUUUCGCUGUCUGUCUUUCUCUCUUUCCUUCUGUCUGCCUGCCGGGUUGUGCGGGGCUUGCGCCGGGAGAGUUGAGCGGCGAUAUUUGAACGGGAGGUUGAGUGCGGAGGUUUUACCCCCGGGAGGGGCUCGGCGGAGAGCACUGCUGUUCUCCGAGCAGCACUGAUGGUUCCAGAGCGGCACUGAUGGAUCUGGAGCAGUACAGGCAGUGCGGUGAUAACAGUACUGCUGUUUGCCGAUCAGUAUCCGAAGCAGUACAGAUGAUGCGGCGAUGUGGCGAGAGCAGUACCGCUGUCUACCAAGCAAAACUGCUUUUUUCCGAG